AUGUUUGAAAGUUGUAUAUUUGGUGGUGUGCACUUGAUCUUGGGAUCCUACUAUACUAAUAGUAGAGAUUUGGUUCUUCGUACAUUUGUGUUCACGUCAAGUGGUUUAGUUGGACAGAUAUUUUCAGGAGUUCCUCAAGCCGCCAUUCAUGAGCAUAUGAAUGGGUGGCAUGGAUUAGCAAGUUGGAGAGUAUUGUUUAUCAUGGAUUUCAUGUGCAGUUUUCCUAUUGUCAUCUACGGCUUCAUAUUUUUCCCGGAUGCACCAGAUAUUGGUAAGCCAUUUUAUUUUACUGAGGAAGAGCAUGCAAUGGCAUUAGAGAGAUUGGUCAAACCAAAACAUCACAAGUUUGGCUGGGAUGUUUUUGCUCGUGUUUUUGGUAGUUGGCAUUGGUAUUUGUUUGGAAUGUUGUGGAUUGUUGGUGCCAUCAAUGAAUCUUUUGCAACUAAUAGUGUAUUUGCGCUUUGGUUGCAAUAUUACGACUAUCCUAUUGCUGAUCGUAAUCAUUUCCCUAUGGGGGUGUUUGCUGUUGGUGCAUUGUCAACAGGUGCUGCGGCUUACUAUGUAAAGAAUGUGGGUAAUGGAAGGCAACAUUGGCAUGUAUCGAUGAUAACUGCGGUUCUUGUGUUAAUUUCACCAAUCCUCCAAAUCGCUAAACCAUUUACAAAAGGGUACGUGUUUGUUGCCCAAUACUUGGACGGUGUUUCGUAUGCUGCACAGACUAUCUCCUUUAGUUGGGCAAAUGUUGUAUGUGCAGAUGAUUUGCAAGAACGAGCAAUUGUGAUUAGUUCCAUGAAUAUGAUGGGAAACACAAUGAAUUCAUGGUGGUCAAUUGUGUUUUUUGCAGCUGAUACCGCACCCCAAUUCCGUAAUGGUGCAAUUGCGCUUAUCAGCUCUGCUGCGGCUACUAUAUUUGUCGUUGGAGCAAUCGCAUAUUUGCAAAUUAGAGAUGAGAGGAGAAAAGCUGGUCUUGUUUGUGAAAUAGACCCCGAAGAUUUGGAAGUGGAAAGUUAUCCAGAAAAGAAAGAUUGA